CUCUGCUCCGAAGACCUAAACAAAAAGCCAAGCAGUUCAUGUACAUUCACACACUGCAGGUGCGCCAAACUCGAACUACCCUAAACGACGCCGCAUUCAAAUUUCCGCCACCGACGCAUUAACCCCUUCCAAGCCCCGACGGUUCCCGAGUGGUGAUGGCGGAAACGCACGAAGACACCCCGAAAGAAACCGUUCACAAAGAAGAAGAAGAAGAGGACCAAAGCUUCGAAGAGCUCGGCGUGGACGCUCGUCUCCUUCGCGCCCUAAUCAAGAAAAGAAUCGAGAAACCUACUCCAAUUCAGCGCGUCGCGAUUCCACUCAUUCUGGAAGGUAAGGACGUGGUUGCACGCGCCAAAACAGGUUCGGGAAAGACACUCGCGUACCUUCUCCCGUUGCUUCAGAAACUGUUUACUGCUAACUCUGAUCGGAAGAAACUCGCGCCAAAUGCUUUUGUUCUUGUUCCUACUCGCGAACUAAGUCAACAGGUAUAUGCGGAAGUGAAGUCUCUGGUUGAAUUAUGCAGAGUUCAGCUGAAAGUUGUGCAGUUGAAUAGUAACAUGCUUGCUAAUGACUUGCGGGCAGCAUUGGCUGGACCUCCUGAUAUUUUGAUCUCCACUCCUGCUUGUGUUGCGAAGUGUUUGUCCUGUGGCGUACUUCAGGCGGCAUCCAUUAAUGCAUCGCUUGAAACUCUUGUUCUUGAUGAGGCAGAUCUUCUAUUAUCAUAUGGGUAUGAAAAUGAUAUUAAAGCUUUAACACCUCACGUACCCAGAAGUUGCCAGUGUCUUCUUAUGUCUGCAACAUCAAGUGCUGAUGUGGACAAACUAAAGAAGUUGAUUCUGCACAACCCCUUUAUUUUGACUUUGCCUGAAGUGGGAAAUCAUAAGGAUGAGGUCAUUCCUAAAAAUGUUCAGCAAUUCUGGAUCUCAUGUCCUGCCAGUGAUAAGUUACUUUACAUCCUUGCUGUGUUGAAAUUGGGGUUGGUCCAAAAGAAAGUUCUGAUAUUCACAAAUACCAUAGACAUGAGUUUCAGGUUGAAACUUUUCUUGGAAAAGUUUGGAAUCAGAUCUGCUGUUUUAAAUCCCGAGUUGCCUCAGAAUUCUCGUCUCCAUAUUCUUGAGGAAUUCAAUGCGGGCCUGUUUGAUUAUCUAAUUGCAACAGAUCUUAGCCAGUCAAAGGAAAAGGAUGAAGUGCCUAAGGAAAGUAUUGUUGGAUCACGGAAGUCUAGAAAACAUGCUAAAAUAAAAUUAGAUUCUGAAUUUGGAGUUGUAAGGGGAAUUGACUUUAAAAAUGUAUACACGGUUAUAAACUUUGAAAUGCCUCAGAGUGUUGCAGGAUAUGUACAUCGAAUUGGACGUACAGGAAGAGCAUACAAUUCUGGUGCUUCUGUCUCUCUGGUUUCCACGGAUGAAAUGGAUACUUUAGAAGAAAUAAGAUCUUUUGUUGGGGAUGAUGAAAACAAAGGCACAAAUUCCAUUGCUGAGUUUCCCCUCCUCACCAAGAAUGCAGUUGAAUCUUUACGGUACAGGGCUGAGGAUGUUGCAAAGAGUGUGACUAGAAUUGCUGUCCGAGAGUCACGAGCCCAGGAUCUGAGGAAUGAAAUUUUGAACUCUGAAAAGUUGAAAGCCCACUUCGAAACUAAUCCAAAAGACCUAGAUCUACUGAAGCAUGACAAAAUUUUGAGCAAGAAUGCCCCACCUCCUCACCUACGGGAUGUGCCUGAGUACCUAUUAGACAAACCAACGAAAGAGGCAAGGGAAAUGGUCAAGCUUGCAAGGGAUGCAAUGGGAAAUAAUAAUCGCCGCAAGGGAUCCAAGAGAAAAUUAAGAAAAGAAGGAGACCCUCUGAAGGCUAUCUAUGCUACGGCGUCAUCAAAAAGACCGCACAAAGCUAGGAAGACUGGUGGAAGCGAUAGCCUAAAUAGCAGUGAUAGGCAUAAACACAAAAAGAAUAAGGGUAUUUGAUUGAUUUGCCCGUUUCCUACAAAGCCUUAUAACAGGCUCAAUUUUGUUGUAAUUUAGGUCCAAAUAUCGUAAAACGAAAAACAGUACAGUAUUGGAAUUGUUGUUUCCUUUAUACCGCGUAGGGCCUGAAGUUAUUGCUCAUUACUAAGUUAAAUUAUGCUAAUUGAAACUAGAAUUUCGCUUUCGUCCAUGUCUCUUGUCUCGCAUGGCAUGUGGCAUGCGGAAGAUCAUAUUGGUGACACUAGAAUGUCUUCCCUUGCCAUUCCAA